AUGACGGAUAAACCACAACAUUCGGAACCCUUUACUAGCCGCCUUCAAAAGCAGAAAGACCCUCCGCUGCCCCCCAACUACAAGUAUAUGCUGGCCGGUCGGACUCCAGCGAAGAAGUCAGGUACCGACACUACACCGCUUGAUGGACUGCCUGCACCGAACCCGCGUUUCUCAUCUGCUCAAGCCGAAGCAAUCAGCCAUACUGCCUCCUUGGCAUCCCCAUGCUUCUCGUCACUAGCUUCUGGUCCGGUUACCCCCACUGGUAAGCCGACGUUUGUUGACCACGAUAAAGCCCCAAAUACCAAGACCUAUGCAUCCAG